GUUCGUAUUUUCUUUUCGGUUUCGCGUUGUUGAUGUUGUUUGAGGUUAUGUUUUGAUUAGUAAUCUAAGUUUCAAAGUUUUAAAACAAGAUAAAAAGACAAACACCGAAGCUAUAUUCCUAAAUAAAGUCCAGAAACUUUAUAUUCCAAAAUGUCAAACGUUAAAAUCAAGGUUAUCAGCCGUAAUCCCGAUGAAUACCUCCGCGCUACAAAACGUGAUAUCCAUAAGAUGCCAAGAAACUACGACCCUACCCUCCAUCCUCUAGAAGCCCCCCGCGAAUAUGUCAGAGCGCUAAACGCCACGAAAUUAGAAAGAGUAUUUGCUAAACCGUUCAUAGGCAACUUAGAUGGGCACCGAGAUGGAGUCUCCUCCAUGUCGAAGCACCCCAGCCGCCUCGCCGUGCUCGCCAGCGGGGCUUUCGAUGGGGAAAUAAGACUGUGGGACCUCGCUCAGAGGAAAUGCACUAGACACUUCCAAGCCCAUGAGGGUUGGGUAAGAGCUUUAUGCUUCACACCAAGCGGAGAGCAUUUCACUAGUGUUGGUGAUGACAAAACAAUUAAAACAUGGAAGUCAGAGAUAGUUACUGAAGAUGAUGAGGAUCCUACAAACACAUUACUCAGUUUGUCUGUUGUGAGUGGUAUCACUCAUCAGAAGAACAAACCAAUAUUUGCUACUUGUGGCGAACACUGCCAGCUUUGGGAGAAUACUAGAAGUGAACCUAUUAAAGUUUUCAAAUGGGGUGUGGACAGUCUUCAUCAUGUAUCAUUCAAUCAGGUGGAAACAAAUCUCCUGGCUGCAUGUGCCAGUGACAGAAGCAUCAUCCUGUAUGAUUGCAGAGAGUCCGGUCCUCUGAGAAAGGUAGUGAUGGAGCUGAGGUCCAACGCCCUGGCCUGGAACCCCAUGGAAGCCUUCAUAUUCACUGUAGCUAAUGAAGAUUAUAAUUUAUACACAUUUGAUGUACGGAAACUGGGACAACCAGUCAACAUUCACAUGGGCCACACAUCAGCAGUGGUUGAUGUGGACUAUGCACCAACCGGUAGAGAACUAGUAGCAGGAAGCUAUGACAAAACUGUUAGGAUAUUCGAGAGCCUCAAGGGUCACUCCAGAGAUGUCUAUCACACUAAGAGAAUGCAGAGGCUGACUUGUGUCAAGUGGUCUCUGGACAACAAAUACAUCUUGAGCGGUUCCGAUGAAAUGAACAUCAGGAUGUGGAAGGCCAGAGCUGCAGAGAAAUUGGGUGUUCUGAAGCCGCGCGAGCGAACAGCCCUGAACUACGCGGACGCGCUCAAAGACAAGUUCGCGAGCCACCCGCAGAUCCGCCGCAUCGCGCGCCACAGACACGUGCCCAAACACAUCAUGAACGCACAGAAGGAACUCCACACUAUCCGGGAGAAGGUGAAGCGUAAGGACGCUAAUAGACGAGCCCACAGCAAACCGGGCGCAGUACCUCAUGUGCCUGAGAGGCAGAAGCAUAUUGUUAAAGAGGAUCAGUAAGAAGAAAAAUUGUUUUGUUGAAGUGAUGAAUAAAGGUUUCAAGAAGUCUAAA